GUCGAAACCCGUUUUGCAAUGAGUUGUUUUGGUUGCGGGCGCAAGCCAGAGUUUCAGUUGUCUAUAGCAAACUUCCCGUGAAGGCGAAAUAUUCACGUUGCCACGGCGACAAUCGUGUCAGAGAUAAGCAAUCGGUAGCUGCAUUAGAUUAAGGCUAUCCGUCUUUGCACUGAAGACUUGCAGUAAGCCUGCGCGUCUUGGAAAGGAGCGAGCCGACGAUGAAUAGGCGCGACGGCGGCGAUGGCGGUCGCGAUCUCAAGCGACCGCGCCACGGGUAUGAUCCCAACGGCCGCGGCCGCGCACCUCCGCGGCACUACACGCGCCAGGGCGGCUUCGGCGGGGCGCGCGACCCCCCUGGCGCGCCUCCGCGGCACUACACGCGCCAGGGCGGCUUCGGCGGGGCGCGCGACCCCCCUGGCGCGCCUCCGCGGCACUACACGCGCCAGGGCGGCUUCGGCGGGGCGCGCGGCCCCCCUGGCUACAUGUAUCAGAGCGGCCCGCCCGGGCCGCCCCCUGCUUACGGAUAUGCGGGCGGGCCGCGCGGGCCGCCGCAACCUGGCUACGGGAAUGCUGCGCCGCGGCGACCGCCGCCCCCGCGAAGGAGCUGAUGCCAUCGACGAGGCGGCGGCGCGCUCGAUCGGGAGCUUCACGGGGCAAGGCUUGGCGAACACUUUAUGGGCCUACUGCGUGCUGGGCGUGGAUGCUCCUGCCUUCUUCGCGGCGGCGGCCGAGGCCCUACCUUCUCACAUCGAUGCAUUGUCGAAGGACUUUGCGGCUUCUUCUCAAUUGUAUCAGGUGUUCUUGUAUCUACAAAUCGAGAGCCCCCAUCAACGGUUGUUACCUGUGUUAGCGGAGCAUCGACAAAUAUGGCUCGACGCCUUCUGGAACGAUAGCAUAAGACCGUCGCAAAGUCAGUUGGGCGUGUCGCACGCGUUGAAUGUUUUAGGUUGGGAUCACGAGGACGAGCUCAGGACGGAAGAUGGUCUCAGUCUGGACAUGGCCCAGCCGUCGACAAAGACGGCCGUGGAGUUCGACGGGCCAACUCAUUAUCUACAAGGGCCCGACGGUCCGUCGGUCGACGGCCGCACGGCGUUUAAGAGGCGGUUGCUCGGGCGGCUCGGCUGGACGUGUGCGGCGGUGCCCUACUUCGAGUGGGACCCAUUACUCGCUUCCGGCGCGACGGAGCCCUACCUGCGGGGCGUGCUCGCUCGGUUGCGGAACGAGUAAGUUCGUAGUC